AUGGCCACACUGGUCUCUCCUAGUCCUCUGCCCGCGACGCCCUCGCUCGAGGCUCCUCCUAGCCAUCCCCCUCAGCCAUCUGCUGCCAGUACGGGCCCAGGCAGUCCCAACGAGCCCCCUCCUCCCACCGCUACUGAUUUUGCAGCCCACGAAUCGUCCCAGGCCCUCAAACCCAAUGCACCUGCCCUCACCGUCCAGGCUGCGUCGCCAUCCCCCAAGCCGUCCCCGGCCCUCCCACCGGCCUCUCCCUCGGGUACAAGCACUCCAAACCACAAGUUUACACUCUCCAGACCACGUCUCGGUUCUCGCAAGUCGAGUACUCCUAACACUAGUCUACCCAACAUCGAACCGACAGAAGGCACCAUGACCCCAGGAGAAAACGGUCAUAACACACACCAUGUCAGACACAAGUCGUCGCAUCACCUCGGUGCCAUCAACGACCUCAAGCGCUUUCUCAAUCAUCACCUCCAGCACGGUGGCGCAUCCCACUACGUAGCCUCCAAGUCUGUCGAAGGCUCCGGAACGAAUACCCCAGGCCAAGGCUCAGACACUAGCAACGACGGUACCCCCUCGGGCCGACGCUCGUCCUUUUUCGGGUCCUCUGCCUCGUCCGUCCACGCUCACAGCAAUGGGACGAACACUCCACAUCGCUCACAUGGCAUCCUGGGCUUUACGAUGAUCCAUCCAAAGGAAAAACAACCCGCCAAGGGCAGUCAGACGCCAGACGGCUCCCAAACGUCGUUAUCGACUAUUCAGGACGGCGCCAAGACGCCCUCUGCCCAUCAUCAAGUUCACGCUUCUAAUCAUCGCCAUCGCCAUUCCAGCACAGGCACAAACACGCCAUCAGGCCACAAGGACUCUGGGGGGCAUACGCCCCACCAGUCGCUUGAAGAUGCCACCCACGCGACAAUGACCAAGAAAUAUGGUAAAUGGGGCAAAGUUCUCGGCUCGGGUGCAGGCGGCACGGUACGACUCAUCAAGGGCAAGGCAAAGGACGGCGGGACAAUUUAUGCCGUAAAAGAGUUUCGCCAACGAAAGCCCGGAGAGUCGGAACGAGAAUAUCACAAAAAGGUUACUGCAGAGUUUUGCGUGGGCUCCACGCUCAAGCACUCGAACAUUAUCGAAACGAUUGAAAUCGUUAGCGAUCAUGGCCAUUUCUACGAGGUCAUGGAGUAUGCUCCCUUUGACCUGUUCAGCGUCGUCAUGUCCGGUCAAAUGUCCCGUCCAGAAAUUUACUGCGUCUUUCGCCAAAUCGUCGACGGCGUCGACUAUCUCCACGGCAUGGGACUCGCACACCGAGAUCUCAAGCUCGACAAUUGCGUCAUGACAAAGCAAAAUGUCGUCAAGAUUAUCGACUUUGGUACCGCGGUUGUCUUUCAUUAUCCUGGAAAGGCACCGACAAAGGCCACUGGCAUCGUCGGUUCGGAUCCAUACCUCGCUCCAGAGGUCCUCUCUGGCCGUGCCUAUGAUCCGCAAAAGUCGGACGUGUGGAGUAUUGCCAUGAUCUUCCUCUGCAUGCUCCUUCGUCGCUUCCCCUGGAAGCUUCCCGAUGCCAAGAAGGACAUUAAUUUCCGCAGUUUUGUCCACACGCAUCCGGAUCUCAGUGUGCGACCUGUUCGUACGGCUCCACCCUCGCAAGCUGGGACGCCCCCUCGCGAGGACAGCGUGUCGGCCGUCGAGGAAUCCAAGAGCAACUCUUCGAUGACUAGCUCGUUUUGCAAUGAUUCCCUUCUUGCAGGUACAGAUACGGACACCAAUGUCACCACGCCCACGUCGACCAUUGAGGCUGAGCAUCAUCGAGCAUACGCAUCUCUUUCGCCUGUCGAUGCAUUGCAUUCUCAUCCUCACAAGAUGCAUCACAGCGCAUCUGCUUCAACACUGCCCGCCUUUUUGGGUCCGGAAGUCCACAAGGUCGAAAGCCCUCAAGAUCUCGACCCCUCGGUGAUCGAAAUGAAGCGACCUACGCUCAUGACCGAGUCUGCGCCGGUGACACCCGCUAUCACGACCAUGACCCAGGACGGUGUCGUUUCCGCGGCACCGCUCGUCAUCCCGCCGUCCAACUCGACACCAACGCACUCGAAUACGGGAAUAAUUGCUCAACGCCGAAAGCCAAUCGUCCAGGCACUCUCCAUGAGCGCGCUUCCAGAGCCUGCAAGGGCUCCUUUGGCCAAGUCGCCUCUCGGCGCUUCUCCGACCAACGCUGCACCCUCGACUGCGAGAGAAGAGAGCCCCAAGGAUUCACCUAGUACGGUUACGGUUCCUCCGAGUGCCAUUUCGCCGCCGGCUAGUGCCGUCGAGGGGUCUUCACCCGCAAAGAGUGUAGACAAGCGCACUCAUGCCGCCGGCAAUUCGAAGGACAGUGCCGCGACGACGAUUAGACGAGAACGUGUGAAUAGCAAUGCUGAUCUCCCGACGGAAUCCAUCUUCCGCCUUCUCCCGCGCGAGACGCGGGGUGCGUUGCGACGGAUGAUGCAUGUCGAGCCAUACGGUCGAUGCACGCUCUCUGAUCUUUUGAUUGGCACGGGCAAGUCCAAGGGACUCGUCUGCAAAUGUGGUGGCUCUAUCUGUGGUGGGGAUCUCAACCGGCAUCAUUCGCCUUCAGAGGACGAUGGAUGCGAGGUGGUCGAGUUGGAAGACGAUGGGGAUGAUUGGGUGAAGAAUAUCAUCACUUGCUCGCAACCUGGUGUUCACCCAGAUCAUUCGCACGUCCAACCCCCGUCCGAGGAAAAGAAAAAGUUUUUCUAG